AUGACAACACUGAAAAAUACAAUUUUCCCACUGAAAGAAGAAAGGGAAAUCAUCAUCCUGAUCUGGAAGUAUCCUUGGAUAUAUACAUUUCCAUUAGAUAAGUGCCAUGAUUUCGGCAUAAUUGGCUGCAAGUUGUCAGCAGAUACAAGUCUGUAUAGUGUUGCUGAUGUUGUUUUCAUACGUCAUGUAGAUAUUAUGUAUGACAAAAAGCAAUUGCCCCAAGGGCCAAGACCUCAUUUUCAGAGUUGGAUAUGGUAUAAUAUGGAGCCACCAUUAAUUGCUAAUAACUUGUAUUUUUUGGACAACCUCUUCAACAUGACAAUGACAUACCGUCUUGACUCGCAUAUUUUCAAUCCAUAUGGCAAAAUCGAAGCAAUAAAGGAACAUCAAAACUUCACCAUUCCGUCAAAAUCCAAGCUGGUUUCUUGGGUUGUCAGUAAAUGGUACACUGGUGCCCCCCGCAUUGCUUAUUACGAGGAGCUAAAGAAACACAUCACAAUUGAUGUUUAUGGAGCAAAACACAAAAAAUUGGGAAGGAGCAAAGAUGAAUUACUUGCAAUCAUAUCCGAGUACAAGUUCUACUUGGCCUUUGAAAAUUCAAUCCACAAGGAUUAUAUCACCGAGAAGUUGUGGUCCAAUGCUUUUGAAUCAUGGGCGGUUCCAGUUGUUUUGGGAACAUCUCGGAAGAACUAUGAACUUUUUGUUCCUGGAGAUGCCUUCAUUCAUGUUGAUGAUUUCCCGAGUCCAAAGGAAUUGGCCGCCUAUCUUCUAGAGUUGGACAAGAAUGAUGAGAAAUAUGAAAAGUAUUUCAACUGGAGAUAUAAAUAUCGUGUACAGUUAAAUCGAGGACAUCAAUAUAGGUUCUGUCAAAUGUGUACAUUCAUGAGAGACAAUCAAGUCUACCAGUCUAUUCCCAGUAUAAAGAAAUGGUUUCUCAAUGAUAUGUAA